AUGUAUCAUCCACCCUCUAGUUCAUCAGAUCUAUACCGUGUUGACGCCCAGGGCGGUGAGGUCUCCACCGGCGCAGAUGCGGAUCGGCGAGGCCACCUCUCCGCAGUCUUCAGCUCGGCCAAAACAAACUUGACCAGCCGGCUGGUUCUCGACUCUUUACCAUCUCGAUCCUCCCUCCGGAUCGAUCCAACUCCGGCGCGUCGCCGUGUCGAGCCUCGCCCUACCAUCCGCAUCUACAAACUGCCCAUUAUGCUCUCAUCACUCUCUUCCAGCCUCACAAAUGCGCGGCAGUCAAUUGCCCAGGCGCUGAACUUUGCCCUGGUUCUCUCCACGGCUUUCAUGCUAUGGAAGGGUCUCUCCGUUGCGUCGGCUUCCAGCUCACCGAUCGUGGUCGUACUGUCCGGAUCGAUGGAGCCGGCCUUCCAGCGUGGUGACCUGCUCUUCCUCUGGAACCGAAGCCCGCGUGCAGAAGUUGGUGAGAUUGUGGUUUACAAUGUUCGCGGCAAGGACAUCCCGAUCGUGCACCGAGUGGUGCGAACCUACCCUGAGGUUGACGGCAAGGCCAAGAAGGUGAAGGAGAUUACAGUUAAUUCGACACCCAACUCGCACAUGCUCCUGACCAAGGGCGACAACAAUCUUGCCGAUGAUACGGAGCUGUAUGCUCGAGGCCAAGACCACCUCAACCGUGAGGAGGACAUUGUGGGCAGUGUGCGAGGAUACGUUCCGAUGGUGGGAUAUGUUACUAUUAUGCUCAGUGAGCACCCUUGGCUUAAAACCGUUCUUCUCGGUAUCAUGGGAUUGAUGGUCAUGCUCCAGAGGGAGUAA